UUUGAUCGAACAAAUUUUUUCUACCUGUUAAAGAGUAUUAGAGUUACCGCUUAGCGGCUGAGCACACUUUGCAGUGACUUGGGCGAGAAGGUCCUUCUCUUUCUCUCUCUCUUCUCCUUGAUAAAAUUGCUUUCUGCAAGUUCUUUCUGUUGAGGGCUCAUUUUGUCGAUUGAUAUCAGUUUCUCAACUGCUAGGGUUUUUUUUACACUAGAUUUGCUUCAAUGGAUCUCCAUCUAGAUGCUCCUCAUUCGAUGGGUACGACCAUCAUUGGAGUAACCUACAACGGAGGCGUUGUCCUCGGUGCUGAUUCCAGAACAAGCACUGGUAUGUACGUUGCUAAUCGGGCAUCGGACAAAAUCACACAGUUGACAGAUAAUGUUUAUCUGUGUCGAUCUGGCUCGGCUGCAGAUUCUCAAAUUGUCUCUGAUUAUGUCCGUUACUUUCUUCAUCAGCACAUAAUACAACUUGGGCAGCCUGCAACUGUGAAAGUCGCUGCAAACCUAGCCAGGCUUUUGUCAUAUAGCAAUAAGAAUAUGCUACAAACUGGCCUGAUUGUUGGUGGAUGGGACCGGUAUGAAGGAGGUAAAAUUUAUUCAGUGCCUCUUGGUGGGACAAUUUUGGAGCAACCUUUUUCAAUUGGAGGAUCUGGCUCCAGCUACUUGUAUGGAUUCUUUGAUCAAGCAUGGAGGGAAGGAAUGUCCCAAGAUGAAGCGGAGGAAUUAGUGGUGAAGGCAGUCUCUCUUGCCAUUGCCAGAGAUGGUGCUAGUGGAGGUGUUGUUCGCACUGUCACUAUAAACUCAGAAGGGGUAUCAAGGAAGUUCCACCCAGGAGACACCCUUCCUACAUGGCAUGAAGAGUUGGAGCCCCAGAAUUCAUUGCUUGACACACUGAUGCCAGAGGACUCACAAUAAGACCAUUGUUUCAUAAUCCAAGAAACGCUAGCAACAAUCAACAUUUAUUUUAUUUUUAGUGGGAUUGGAUUGUUCACCAUGUUUGAACCUUUUUUUUUUUCGGGUUUUAACUCAUUUCUGUUGAUGAAGGCUGUUUGGUGCUUCGUAGACCAUGCUUCCUUUCCUCUUUUAACUUGGGACUUCUCCUUGUGCU